CCUACUGUAACUGUAUGCCUUCCACGUAGCAGAUUUGAAUACUAAAUCUUAACGGUGACACAUCGUGCCCCUUUUCCACGAGUUAAUGCACUUCCCUGAGGGCUUAAUGAAAUAUGUGACACACUUUGGUCAAAAUACCACACGGAUAAAACAUCACAGCUCCCUUCUCAUGAUGUCAAAACAGCCGAUUUUAAUGCCUGCUCCUUUAAAUGAUAAUGAGCCACUGUUCACCCCACCCCUCUCUUCUGUCAGUCAGUCAAAGUCAGGGAUGAAAGUCUUCCGGAAAUCCGGAUAUUUGACAAAACUCUUGAAAAUCUCCUGUUUUCCGAAUAGAAUUUAUUUUUCGGAUUUUUCGCGUUCCUAGACGCGGCGUAAUACUUCGCAUCGUCCUUGCAUGGGCGCGGUCCUUAAACAGCCCAAACAUAGUUCAUUGAUUUAAAGACGGGUGUUCUUUGUUAACGGCGCGCGUGCUGGAGCUUGUUAGGCACGAGCUAAGGCACGCAGGACUGACACUGUUCUGCGCAAGCGCAACACAAUCGCACUAGAAAGCAUGUUCAAGCUGCCAGUGUAGCUGCAGUCUUUUUAGUUGCGAAUUACGAGUAUUUUCUCUUGUGUUGUUAAUUCGCCAUGUCAAAACAAGUGAAACUUUCCUCCUCCUUUGGACGUGAAGAGAGGGGCCUUUGAUGGAAGACCAGCAGACUACAUGUACAUGCUGCUUUUCAACUGGCUUUGCAUUGUUAUAACAGGAUUGAUGAUGGACAUGCAGCUCCUGAUGAUCCCGUUGAUCAUGUCUGUGCUGUAUGUGUGGGCCCAAAUGAACCGAGAGAUGAUGGUGUCCUUUUGGUUUGGUACAAGAUUUAAGGCUUGCUAUCUCCCCUGGGUCAUUCUGGGAUUCAACUAUAUCAUCGGCGGCUCUGUUGUGAACGAGCUGAUUGGAAAUUUAGUAGGCCAUCUUUACUUCUUCCUCAUGUUCAAAUAUCCCAUGGACCUUGGCGGCAGAUCGUUCCUGUCCACCCCACAGACCUUCUAUCGGUGGUUUCCGAAUCGGCGCGGCGGAGUUUCUGGAUUUGGUGUCCCACCCGCUAGUAGACGCGCUCCUCAGGAACAAGCAGGAGGAGGAGGCGGCGGCGGCAGAGGACGUCACAACUGGGGCCAAGGCUUCCGGCUUGGGGAAGAUUGAGGACGUCGCCCUGCUGAAGCCUCCAUGGACACUGAUGCUCACCAGGCAUACAACACUGAUGCUGCAGAACACAAAGUUUGCAUUUUUCUCUCUCUCCUUCUGAUGACGAAUGAAAAGAAGGUGAUCACACAGAGCUCCUUCACACUGGAACUGGGUUUAUCAGCAUGCAGAGAAAGGAGCUCAGGCAGUGUUUGGGUAAAGGAGAUGAUUCAGCGCACUGUGGCAGUGUGAGAUGGCUUCAGAUUAGAUGCUUCAGUUAUCGCGGUCCUGUUGAUUUAUGUACAGAAUAUAAAAUUUUUUUUGUACUAAAGUAUGACUAUUUGUUAAUCACUUUUACUAGUAAUUUUUUUUUUCCCCCCCAAGGCUGUCAAGUGUAACCUUUUGUCUCAACACAUACCUUAGUCAGUCUGACACACGUGUCUAACGAGCUCUGCUCCUAAACUAAACAUUAUUUAAAUUAAAAUCCCCCUCUCAAUAUUUAGAUUUGGCCUGUAGGUGUCAGUAGAUCAUAAAUGAUAACUCAGAACUUGGUGAUAGUGAGUAAAUUGAGCUAAACUGACAACCAAGCGCUGUGUAAAUAGUCUGAUUUACUUAAAACACUUGAGUAGUCGCACUUUAAGUAAUAACUAUCAACCGUGACAAAAUGAUUGCCUUAAACAAGCACCAGGGCAUUUUACAGCCAUGUUAAGCUGAUACUUAAAAACAAAGCAGUGAAAUUCUGAUGAACAUGUGCACGUUUUAAUAUCAAAAUCAAAUCACUUGAAUCUAGGAUGAAGCUAUCCACCAAGCUUCGUCCACUGCUUUUUGAGUCAUGCUGGGAGGGGAAUGUGAAAACAUAACCUUCUAAUGAAGUUGGCUGAGGUAAAUUAAGCUAUGAAGAGGAAGUACUGGCUGUAAUUCAGUAAUUUCAAGCUCUAGUACUUGUAUUGAGUAAAUGGCUCAUUUAUGAUGAAGCGUUUUGUACUGAGAAGGGACUGCAAGUCUAGAAAUGAUACCAUACAGUGAUGUGGCCUGGACUAUAUUCUGAACAAGACUUUAGAAAAACAAUUUUAAGGAGGGGGGGGAAUGCUUUAUCAACAGUUCUUCAUAGUAAAACUGGUAUGUGGAUUGUAUAAAGCAACAGGAAGUUCAAUAAAAUGUGUCAGUGCUG